UGCAGAAAUGAUGCGUCUGCGCAAGAACCGCGCGUCAAGAGUUGCUUUGUUUUUCCCUCUCAGGAAUUUUGUUUGACUGCUACUGCUACUGCUACGGAGUCCUGUGCGCAUGGGGCAUAACGUUAGUAGUAGCCGGUUAUGGCGCUAGUGUGUGUAUUUUCAUGAGGCGGGGAACAAGCACCUUUCGCUAGAGAAAACAACCAGAGUCUGAAGCUAUGGCAGGCGUGUUUGAUAUUGAUCUGGACCAACCGGAGGAAAAUGUGUCUGACGAUGAGCUUGAGGAUGGGACUCAGCUCAGUGAGAGUAUGGAGCAGUCCAGCAGCUUUGAAUUCGACAUGGAUGACUGUGAAAAAAUUGAGAUCUCUGAGGACAGCGUCAACAAAGGCACCGAGCAGAUUCGGCCCGAGUGCUUUGAGCUGCUGCGUGUGUUGGGGAAAGGGGGCUAUGGAAAGGUUUUUCAAGUCAGAAAGGUGUCUGGAGCUGCUACAGGAAAAAUCUUUGCCAUGAAGGUCCUUAAGAAGGCAAUGAUUGUUCGGAAUGCUAAGGACACAGCUCACACCAAGGCUGAGAGGAACAUCCUGGAGGAGGUCAAGCACCCGUUCAUUGUGGACCUGAUUUAUGCCUUCCAGACCGGGGGGAAGCUGUACCUUAUCCUGGAGUACCUCAGCGGUGGAGAGCUCUUCAUGCAGCUGGAGAGAGAGGGCAUCUUCAUGGAGGACACGGCAUGCUUCUACCUGGCGGAGAUUUCUAUGGCACUGGGACACUUGCAUCAGAAGGGCAUCAUCUACCGUGACCUUAAACCAGAGAACAUCAUGCUCAAUGACAAGGGUCACGUGAAGCUGACAGACUUUGGGCUUUGCAAAGAGUCCAUCCACGACGGCACCGUUACUCACACAUUCUGUGGAACUAUAGAAUACAUGGCUCCAGAGAUCCUGAUGCGGAGUGGCCACAACAGGGCAGUGGACUGGUGGAGUCUGGGAGCUCUGAUGUAUGACAUGCUGACGGGGGCUCCGCCGUUCACUGGUGAGAACCGGAAGAAGACCAUUGACAAGAUUUUGAAGUGCAAACUCAACCUUCCACCUUACCUCACACACGAGGCUAGGGAUCUUCUGAAAAAGCUGCUAAAAAGAAAUGCGUCCCUGCGGUUGGGUAACGGGCCAGGCGAUGCAUCAGAUGUGCAGGCCCACCCUUUCUUCAGGCAAACUAAUUGGGAUGAUCUUCUCGCCCGCAAAGUUGAACCUCCAUUCAAGCCUUUUCUGCAAUCGGCAGAUGACGUCAGUCAGUUUGACUCCAAGUUCACCAGCCAGACCCCAGUGGAUAGCCCCGAUGACUCCACUCUCAGCGAAAGUGCCAACCAGGUCUUUCUGGGCUUUACGUAUGUGGCCCCAUCCGUACUUGAGAACAUUAAGGAGAAGUUCUGCUUCGAGCCAAAAGUCCGCUCCCCACGGAAGUUUCUGGAAAGCCCACGGACACCAGUGAGCCCUGUGAAGUUUGCAGGGGGGGACCACUGGCUGCGGGGAUCCCCUCUCCCAGGCGGGGCGUCCUCGUCCUCCCUGCGUUCCCGCGGCGGCGACCAGCCCAUGGAGGUGGCUGCUGCGGAGCAGAUGGACGUGAGCAACAGCAACAGCGCUGCCGAGGCAUCGGCGCCCCUGCCCAUCCGGCAGCCCCUGGGCGCGGCCGCGGGCUCCUUCCGUAAGCAGGCCUACCCCAUGAUUUCCAAGCGGCCCUCGCACCUGCGCAUGAAUCUAUGACACACGGCAGAGCAGCGGCUCACACCCGGCCUGCUGGACGCUCUGGCGAGUUAUUCUUCCACCAUUUUUUUUUAUUUAUUUCUUUUUAACCUAAAUACACUUUAGAUUAUGAAUGAAAUUACCCAGAAGGCCCUUCGUGUGCCUCUGACACCUCCAGCCUCCCAAAUGUUGUUUUUUUUUUUUUUUUUUUUAAACGAUGAGGCCGUGAGGCAGGAGCUUCACCAGGAGGUGUCUUAAUGAUCUUUCUCCAAUCACAGAUUGCGCGAUGCAGGCGGUGUGGCAGGCGGAAGAAGCGUGCCACAGACUCUGGGUCUCCUUUUUGCCUUUUUGCGCUUUGCACACGCUGGCGAGGUUUGGUGGACGGUGCUCGAAAAAGGCCCCCUGGUGUUCUGCAUGCGUGUAAAAACUAGCUUCUGAUUACUGGUGCUUUAAAUACUCUGAGAGGCUUGGGCCCGGAGCAACACAGUGCUGCUCGGCAGAAUGCCCUGACAGAGAAGUGAUGGAUGAAACACACUCAAAUCACUUUGUCAUGAAUCAAUCACUUAAAAGCAAAAUGGGCUUUUUUUUAAGAAAAAGAGAGGGAAAAUGCUAACAUCCCUGCCUUAUUUUGGUUGUGUGGUCAGGGCUAUCAUAGUUAGUUUAGUUGACAGAUAGAAAACAUUUCUUUUUUUUUGGUACACAUGGCCGUGGACAUUGUUGAGGAAAACAGAGAAUGCUCCUGUUUCUGGACACUUUGACUUUGUUCCGUGUGGUUUCAUCCAAUUGAUUGCUUUCCAAAUAUUUCUUGAUGAUGGUUUGGUUCCGAUCAAUUUGCUUUACUUAUGUGGCUUUCGGUUCUUUUUUUUUGUAGAAUGUAUGCCUAGGCUUUAAAUACUUUUGAUGGUCAUUUGGACUGAAGACUUGAAAAGACUCCCAAACUCUUUGACAACAAUAUUGAAAUGUGCAUGGUUCCCUAGGGACUCCUCAGGCAGUCCCGCUGGGACUCACAACCUCUUUGAGAUUGAUUUCUGGGUGAUAAACUAAGAGCUUUCUUCAUUUUAUGUAUAAAUAUAACUAUGAGAGAUGGCCGCUGGCCUGGUUGAAUGUGUAUGUUCAGUCGACGAAUCUCUGGUUUUGCUUGUGAAAGUGAAAGCAAACCCCUUUAUUAUGAAUUGUUGAUAUUGAAUGCUGUAUACCCACAUUUCCUUUAUGAGCCCUCAAGGAUUCAAGACUUUUGACUUGGUUUCAGCCUACCUCUUACAGUUCUGUUCCAUGACCUCGUUAUUUGCUGCAACAAUAGCUUUCGGUGGUCGGUAUUCUUCUAGCUCAAAAAGACGGACCUUUUCGGUUGUGUCAAGUUAGAGCCUUGCGUAGAGCCUGGAACCAUAUGUUGUACAUCCAUGUGAACAAGGCAGUUGUUCGUAGAAACCCUCAACUGUGGUUCUACACAGGCAGCUUGUUCAAAAACGUGAGCAGAAGCUGAAGUCACUGCGAGACAUGUUUUGUCUUAAAUGUCUGUUACUGUAUGUGUCGAUUUAACCUGAACUGCUGCUGUAUCUUCGACUGACUGAGUUUGGGAGAAGCCAUAAGACGAGAUCAUUUCAUUAUCGGGGGAAACUAGCACCCAGACUUUCCAUCAUUGUGGCAGAAAUGAACAUGCAGGGUACCAUUUACGAUGGAGGCCUUUGGAGGGUAAUUUAGUAUUUUAGUAGUAAAAGUGUUUCCGUAUGUGAAACUCAGGAUCAGUGAGGAUUCCUUUGGACACGAGCGGAGUUGGAACAGCUCUUUAAAUGAAGCUGUUCUAAUAUGUUGCUUAAUCCGGUAAAGUGGGAAGUAGUGUACACAUAACUGUCUAAAGAUUUGCUCCUGGUAUAUCUUCUUAACUACUGUGUUUUUUGAACUGCUCUGGUUCUUCAAAGGUGUACACACUCAGCCAAGAUAUUCAACCCACUUAUAGGGUUUAACAUUGUGAAGCGUUGUUUUAAAGACAUGAUAAGUGUAAUUUACUUUUAUUAUUUCACAUCGUGAUAUUUUCCACUUUGAAUCUUUCAUAUUCAUACUUCUACGUAUAAUUAAUUUAAUUGGCAAGCUUUUUUGUGUUCCGAGUCUUUGCAACUGUCCGAAUAGUCCAGCCUAGACUGAAAGCAGGCCUGUCCAAUAUACUCCAUGUUUUAUUUGAAUCAUUUGAGUCAUUUUAAUUAUUCUACAGAUAAGUUAUUUAUUCUGUCUUAACUUUUUUUUUUUUUUUUUUUAUAAAACAAGAGCUAUGAACUUUCUAAGUCUGCGUAUGAAAACAGGCUCUUCUCGAAAAUUGACAGAGCUCCCAAUGAAACUGGGAUUCAUUGGUGAAACCAAACACAUGCAUUCGAACAAGGGCAUUGUUAGGCUUGGAACAACCUCCUGAAUUGCUGUCAGUCUGAACUGUAAUUCAUAGUCUGUUAAUUUAUUAAAUGUGCAGCUUAUGUUAAUGCUGACACACAGACACAAUUUAACACUACACUGCUGUCACUCCAAAGGUUUGAAAUUCUUUCGCACUGCCUGGGAUUUGUUUUAUAUUUAUGAAGGUUAUGAGGUUUGAUGUUUUUAAGGUAUUUAUUUAAUCAAGUGCCAUUCAACAGCUGUAUUUCCUGCACUAUGCAACUAACAAGCUAUGUUUGUUGAGUCAGUGUUAGCUUAGCGCAACGUCUCUCCCAGAGCUUUUGUUUUGUACCUCCCUGAAUGAAAUACCUUCGACAGGUUUAAGACAUACAGAGACGACACAUGAACAACAAGAUAAGCCUCCCGGUUGCUCCUGAAAUAUAGUCUAUGUCCUGGCACCUUGCAGAGUGAGAGUGCAGUUUGUUUCUGAUUUUGGGUGUUUGUAGGCUUGAAGAUUGUAGUUUCAACAAUGACUAUGGUCUUUGGUUUAGUGUUGCACUGUCAUCUUAUAUCGUGCUUUGUAUCCAAUCUCGCAGUGUACUUCUCUGCAGUUUGCACCAAGUCCAAAGCUUUCCGACCCUUUUCACUCAUUCCACUAUGCUUGUAUCAGAGCUGACCUUGUUUGGACGUGACCAACCCUUCUUGGCUUGCCACCAUGUUAACAUAGUUGAUGGGGAACUGCAUUUUGAUGGUGUGUAUAGGACCUGGCAUUAUAUGUGUAUUCUCUGUUUAUGCUCAUAAUGCAGAAAUGACUGGAUAAUAGAGGGAUGGAAAUAGUUACCUUCACACUUGUGACACACACACACACGUACAAGCAGUUGUUGCUGUCGACCUAUCAGUAUCACUGUUACUGCUUUCAAUGUAUUGCUUUCUUUUCCUUUCGAGACAUCAGGACCUCCUGUGGUUUUGUACCUUCUAGUAGGCAGAUGAACUAGUGAUUCUAGGCGAGCAGAAACAGUUCUCCAUUGGGUAUACACCUUCAUAUCAGCAAAUGGCCCAAGCUUGCAAGGGUGUCACUUGGUGGGAUGGACACCAAGGACACUGACUUGAGUGUGAACUCCAUUACUGUAGUUUGCACUGUGCGAGAGCUGAUGAGCUCGAGCUUGGAUCGGUCUUAACACAAACUCACAUCACUUUGCCUUCUGUCUUUGGGUGUAAUGACACUCGAAACAAAAACCUCACUUUUCACCAUGGGAAUCUUAAUUUUGUGUAUAGUUUUUACAUGUUUCAUAGAGCUUAAAAUUUAUUUUUUUUGAAGUGACUAACUGUUGUCAGAUUUAAACUGUAAUUAACCCUUAAUUCACACGUUAGUGUCUGGCUAAGGAUGGACUUCAAUUCUACAUGGCUAAGGCGCUCCUCACUGGCGGCCCGAUGACAAUGCACCAUGCACAGGUGCCACUGGGGCUCAGCACCCGAGUGAAACUAGUCAGAAAAUGGAUCUGCUUGGCCUUUUUGUGCAUAAGCAAAGAUGCUUGAAAAAGGCCUUGAACUGGCCGUACCUUGGAUGUAUAGUGACUGAUUUGUUUUAUGUGUUAAGAAGAAAAACACAUUUACUUCUAGGCGAGUUCUGAUUUGAUUUCGUUCAGACACUGUAGCCAGUUGUUACUGGCCAACACGGCUUGUUUGUGAAAGUGCAUCUGAAGAAAAAUCUUGCAAUAACACUGGUGUGAAAGGUCACGUUGAAUUGAUGAAUCUCUUGGACCUUGAAACUUUUGAUAUUGAAAGUGAAUGGAUGUAAAUUGCUGAAUAAAAAUAAGUUCAUUUUGAUCUA